AUGCCUUGUUGCCAUCGCAUCACCUCGGCGUCGUCACGUCAGCUCACCGCCGUCGCAUCACCUCGUCGAUAUCGCAUCACCUCGGCGUCAUCACGUCAGCUCGUUGAUGUCGUGUUACUUCAUCGCCGUCGCAUCACCUCGUCGCCAGUGUCACCUUCCGAUCGAGCUCUACUUCACCUCGUCGCUCACGCAUCACCUUGUCGCUAA